AGGUAGAGGUUGAAAAGAUGAGGAGAACAGAGAGGAUCUAUUCUGAUCAAAACCCCGAAAACACAGAGGGAUGUGGUGAUGUAAAGGCAGGUAAAGGAAGUAAGAUAUCUUUAAAAGACAAAGUACAAGUUUCUUGGCCAAGUCAGAAUUUCAAAGAAAAGCCUGCACUGGAUUUCUUUGGACGGAAAGUUGAGAUGAAAAGAGGUACUAGUAAAGGAGGAGCUAGGCACGCUGAUCAUCCUUUGUGGUUCAGAUUCAAUGAGGGAUUUUCUAAUGCUGUUAGACGACCAAUUAGAAUACAAGAACUAAUGUGAAUUUCUGUGUGUGUGUUAUUUUUAAUGUUUACCUAGUUGUGUAUAAGCUUGUUUUUGUAAUCAUAAUUAUAAGCACGAGAGUUUAAACCCUUGGCCCA